AUGCCUCCUAAACGCACUCGGCGUAACUCGCCAGGUCCAUCUGGUCUCUCUGCUGGCGAACGCUUGAAGCGCGCCAAGCUCACUGGAAAUGCUGCGUAUUCUGCUUGGGGCUGGGUCGGAACUGAGGUCGCGGACGCGUCUGGUAUCACCCGAGAUCACCAAUUGGCUACUUGCGGAUUUUCUGGCGGUAGCACACAUACCCUAUGUCGCAACAAAUACGUGGAAAAGCGACAAACGCCCCCUGGAGAUAUACCAAAUGGCAGCUCUGGUCCGGCCGACCUCGACGAAGCAGCGGACGAUGUCAUCGUAAUAUCUGACGAUGAAGGACCGACAUGCAGCAACAAGGUGUGCAAGAGCGAUCCUUAUUGUAUUAACUACCUUGGACAGGACAAGUGGGAGGACGUCGACAAAGCUUACGAGGCGUAUGUGAAGGCACACGACCUUGGAAAUAACCCCAAUCUCAAUUCGCGAGAUGGCUUGACGCCAAUAGGUCUGAAGAAUCUUGGGGCUACUUGCUAUGCGAAUGCGUACUUGCAGGUGUGGUUUCAAGACCUCUUGUUUCGCAAGGGCGUGUACCAAUGCCAACCAGCCCAAGAUACGGCGCAUGCCUUCGAGGAGUCGCCUAUUUUUCAGCUCCAAGUAACAUUCGCUGCAAUGCAACAUAGCGCUCUGAACACCUUCAACCCUGUCAAAUUGGUCGAGAGUUUGAAGCUGCGCGCCACCGAGCAACAAGACGCUCAGGAGUUCUCGAAACUAUUCAUGGCUCAUCUGGACACCGAAUUCAAGAAGCAGCAGGAUCCGGAACUUCAAUCGCUCAUAGCCAACCAAUUCGAAGGCAAGCAGGUGUACAAUACUGUCUGCCAGAAUUGUGGGCGACGAUCGGAACGGGACUCCGACUUCCUAGAAAUAGAGCUGAACAUCGAGAAUAAUGCCACUCUACAGGAGCGCCUGGCUGCGUUACUGGAGCCUGAAAUCCUGUCCGGAGACAACAAGUACCUAUGUCAGGAGUGCGAUAGCCUGCAAGAUGCUAAGCGCUACACCGAGCUUCUGGAGCUGCCACCAGUUCUACAUUUCUCGCUCCUGCGCUUCGUGUACGACCUCGCAACCAUGGAGCGCAAGAAAUCGAAGCAGUCCAUCCUCUUCCCGACCUUCAUCGAUAUGAACCACUUCGUUGGCCCUCCAGAGAAGCGAAGACGGCGCGGGGCGUGGCCGGCGCGUUGCAGUGAGAACCUCUACGAACUGCGGGGCGUGCUCUUGCACAAGGGUGCCAGUGCAUACCACGGGCACUACGAAGCGCAGGUUUUCGACGUCCAAAACCAGUCGUGGUAUCAGUUCAACGACGAGGAGGUCACCAAGAUCGACUCCCUCGUGCCGAAGAUCGAUACUACGAAGAAGGGAGGGCGCAACGGCAAGGAUACAAAGAAGAAGAACGGUAGCGCAGCGCCGAAGGCACGCGUCCCCGCACGUAAACGACGGCGUGUUGAAGACAGUGACAGCGACAUCGAGAUCGUCGACGGCCCAUCUCAACCGCAGAAGAGCGAAGAAUCACCAGAACGCCCAGAACGCCCAGAUUACAUAUCUUCGAAGGACGCAUACAUGCUCGUGUACGCUCGGGUCUAUAACAAGGAUGCUAUAGUGGACAGGGCGAUACAGCGUCCAGAUCCGCCCCCAGUUCAAGUAUCAGAGAUUGUCCCUCCGCCAAAGGCAAUGGAAGCUGUGACAUCUUUGAACGUUGCACACGAGAAGGCGUGCAAAGAACACACUGAACGGGAGAAGGAGAGCAGAGUAAGGUUCGACAAGACUCGACAGACCGUCAUGGAUAUCUACCGGAGCUGGAACGUUUCUUCUCGUGACGAGGACUGUGUUGUUGCAAGCCGUCAGAGCCUGGAGUCGUGGAUAUCGCGCCAUAUCGCGAAGCCGAAGACACCAAAGACAACACCUACCCCUGCUCCCGCAGAUAAUGCUCCCAAGAAGGAAGACGCAGCCGUGCCACCCGCCGAGAGCCCUUCCGAAGUUUCUAUUUCCACAUCCGAUGUGGUGUGCAGUCAUGGCAAACUCGACCCAGACAAGGCCGGAGAUAUGAAGGUUAUACGAGCAAGUGCACAUGCUCGCAUUGUGGAAGAGGAGGAGUGCGUUCUCGCACCGAAGCUAACUCCCGCGGACGUCUGUCCAAGUUGUGUGGAACGCAUGUUCAAUGCCAAGCUAUACCAGAUCGAGCAUCCACGCCUAGUAUCUCGUUUCGACGAGGUCGCUGCGGUUGCCGAUGACGAGGAUGGCUUCCACAUCUCGAAAACCUGGCUGAAAGACUGGCGACUGGCGAGACCCAAGAUGCACGUUGACGGUGCACCCGAUCCACCGCCAGACGCGGAGGAGUAUUUGAGCGACGUCGUAUGCGAACACGGGAACCUGGCUACGAACGUGGCCACGCGGCGGCGGAUAUCUGCAGAGGCGUACUCGAUCCUGCACGAAGUGUUUCCGAACUGGAGGCCCCCGUCGACGUCGGCAGAGCCCUGUCCAGUGUGUGAAGCGCAGAUGCACAUCUCCCGAGAAGACAGGCGUGAAUAUCGGAAGCAGGCAGAAGAGGAGAAGGCGCGACUGAAGCACAUGCACGACAACGCACUCAACGGGAACACGGCGUUGCUCGAAGACGUGCCGUGUGCGAUCGUGCCGGCGCAGUUCGUGCGCUCUUGGAGGCAGUGGACCAUGCGCCCAAGCGAGCUUGCGCGUCCCGAGGGCCCGGACAAUUCACAGUUCAUCUGCGAGCACGGACUUCUCGCGUUCGACCCAAACGUCAGUGGGGAUUUGGAUUCCUCAAUGACUAUCGUCAAGAGGAGCGAUUGGGACGCCCUGGAAGAGUUGUAUUCUGCCGGGCCACUGAUUGCUGUGGAGAACGCGGCCGGUAAGUUUACGCACGAGCUGGCGGUGUGUGUCGACUGCCGCAUCCAGAGGCGCACCUCUUUCGAGAUGACGGAGAUCACCGUCCGCGUCCUCGGUCCCAACGACCCAAUCCCCACCGCGCAGACAUACAUCGAAGAACCGGUCCAACCCGCAAAAUCGGGGCAGACGACGCUGCUGACGUACAGCAAGAAGCAGAGCGAGGGCUACCGCAAGUCGAAGCGCAUCCGGCAAGUUCGGGAGUAUGGCAAGCGGCGUAAGAUCACGAUCACGAAAGCCAUGUCGGUGAAGGAACUGAAAGUCAUGCUGAGUGACGAACUCGGGAUCCCGAUCAUAUCACAACGGCUAUUCCACCGCGGCCAAGAACUGGACGACAGCUCCGCGACGAUGCUCGCUCUCGGGAUCCUGUCGAACGACCUCCUCGACCUCAAGGAGGAGAACGAGGACAUCAAUCUGCUCACCGACAGCGAUAUCGAGAUCGAUGGCCCGAGCGGCGGCCCCAAGAAGAAGCGGGCGGAAGGCCAGGCUUUCGGCGGGACGCUGUUGGGUGGUGGGAGCUCGUUUGGCCCGGGGCACUCCUCGGUCCCGCCGUCAUCGAGCCCGCCCGCGAUGGGGUCUGUGGCGUGCCCUGCGUGUACGUUUGAGAAUGCGCCGGUAGACACGGAGUGUGCGAUGUGCGACACCUCUUUGCGCGAUGCUUGAUAUGAAUUGCUUGAUCAAUGUGUUUUCGUCAUGCGGGUUAUAAUACGAAGACGAGGUAGACGCU